CCCACGUCAAGCCUCCGGGCGGCUCCCGCACCGCUCCGGCCCCGCUGCCGAGACUCCCCGCACGGGCGUUGCGCGGCGCUGCCCGGCGGUCCCGCCCGGCUCCCCGGCCCGGAGCUGCCCCGCUGGUCUCGCACCGCUGCGCUCUCCCUGUGUGCUCGGCCCGCUCAGGUGCUCUCCUGCCCGACCGGACCGAUCGGGAUCUGCCCUGCUUUUCCUGGUCCCUUGUCGCGUGUCGCCGGAGCGGCGCUCCCCUGCGGGGUGCCCUCUCGCACGGCGCUGCCGCCGGUCCCGUGCUGCAUUGCACUGCGUGAUCCGGCGUUGGGCUGUUCCUCACAGCUUUUCCCGGUCCCCUCUGCCCGCUCUGCCGUCUCCUCGCUGGCUGUGCUGCUGGGAUCAGAUCCUGGAUUGCAUCGCCCGGUCCCGUUCUGCAUCCGGAUUUUCCUUGUUCCGCUCUGCUCUACCUGCCCCGCAAUCGCACGGCUCUGCUCCUCGCUGCCCAGUCCCGCGCUGCUGGGCUUGCUCGCUGCCAGCGUGCGUUGUGCCUUCACACCUGGCUUUCCCGGUGCUCACCGUACUCUACGCUGCCCGGGGUCGCCAGCUGCCAGUGUGUGUUGUGCCACUCACUGCAUCCCCUGCUGCCCGCGCAUUCCUAGUCCCUUAUGGGGUCAUGCUUCCUGGGCUCCUCUGUGGGCCCUGUUGUACACUACAGCCUUUUCCUCUCCCAGCUUGCAGUCCCUUCGUGUGCAGAAUCUGUCCCAGUGCCCUGCUCCGCCGUGCCCAGCUCCCUCUGUGCCACCUCCGAGCUGCCAUCAGCCCCCACAGGCCUGGUGCUGAGGGGCCAAAACCCGCCCUGGGUCACGGCAGCCCACGGAGGUGCCCAGGAUGGGCACGAGCAGCACAGGCAUGCUCAGGGAGGGCACAGUUUGGGGGUUCCCCAGUGCGGGGGCUUGGACAGGUUGAGGAGGGGAUUUCAGGUGAGGGGCACCAUGAGUAGACGUGGUGUUCCAGAGGGUGGUGGGCAUGUGGAGGAUUUCCAAAGGUAGUGGACCCUGCGGAGCGUCUGGGACUGGGGCAAAGGCGCCCAUGAGGUUGGCACAGAGAUUUGUGCCCCCCCAGCACCCCUGUGGUGGCCAUGAGAAGGGGAGCAGCCGACGUCCCUGUGAUGGGAAGUGCAGCGGGCUGCCCGACACCCUCUUUUGUCCUCCUUCCCCCCUAACCUUGAGGCUGGCAAGGACCCUGCUCUGCCGGGGUGUGGGGACUAGGACCUCUGCAGCAGGGUGGGGGGCCAGUCUCUGAGGGCCAUUGUAGCCCAGGGAGGAGGCCUGAAAGGGGGAUUGUUCUGUCUCUGCCUGGGUUGCUGGGGAUGUUGGUAUUUUGGGUCAUUAAACAGCUCUGAUUGGGGGGGUCGCGACCCUGGCAAGCCCUGAAUAGCUAUUGUCCCUUUUCUUCCCCUGCUGAAUGGGAGGCCGGCUGGCCAUGCUGGGCUGGGGGAAUGCACAGCGUUCCCACACCACUGAGGACCGCCAGAUGCCACAUGCCACCACUGCUGCCCUCCCCGUCUCACGCCGGAUUAGGAUAAAUAACUGUCCCGCUCCCCUCCAUCCCUGAUUCGUGUUGCCAGUGCUGGUGCUUUUCCUCUCCUGGGUGCCCCUUUGUGGGAUGGGGUGCCCUGGCACUGCUGUAGUGGGGUGCUUGAUGUGCGCCUGUCAUUAGUGCUAAUAAACAGCUUUUUCCUUCUUAGCUCAUUUUUUUUGUGGUGCUACGUGGGGACCGCCAGUGGUGGCUGCUCCUGGUGGAGAGGAGGGGAUGAAAAGGGACUGAAAUUCUUGCAGACUUUGCAAGGCACUAUCCGCCCUGUCCGGCGCAGCUACUACGACCCGUCAUCGGCGCCAGGCAAGGGAGUUGUAUGGGAGUGGGAAAAUGACAGCGGAUCAUGGACACCCUAUGACAUGGAUGUGGGUAUCACCAUCCAGCGUGCCUAUGAGAAGCAGCACCCCUGGGUGGACCUGAGUGCCAUCGGCUUCUGUUACGUCAUCGACUUUGCCACCAUGGGCCAGAUCAACCGGCAGACCCAGCGCAAGCGCCGUGUCCGCCGCCGCCUUGACAUGGUCUACCCGCUGGUCUCGGGCACCUUGCCCAAGUCGCAAUCCUGGCCAGCCAGCCCUGGGGCAGCAGCAGCGGCGGCAGCACCCCCAGUCCCUGCCUGCGCCUGUCCCCAGUGCCUCCUGGUCAUGAGCGUCAAAGCCACUGUGUCAACUGCUGGCGCUGGCACCACUACUCUGCAGCCCCGCAAGGCACCCCCGGCACCACCGGCUGCCCCCAAAGCCCCAGUACUGGCCUCAGGGACCAAGGCACCCGAUGGUACAGCCACGGUGCGUGGCUUGCUGAAGCCACUGGCAGCCCAAGGGGUCCGGCGGCAGGCAGCCAGCACGCCUGCCCUGAGCUCAGCCAGCUCCACCAGCAGCCCCCCCGGUGCAGGCAGCAGCAAAACAUCCCGUCCUGGCCUUGGCAGCCUGAACCGGAGCCACCUCCAGCGCCUGGCCAUCGCCCAGUCCCGGGUGCUCAUUGCCUCUGGGGUCCCCACUGUUCCCGUGAAGAACCUCACCGGCUCCAGCCCUGUCAACCCAGCGCUGGCAGGGAUCACAGGGAUCCUGAUGAGUGCUGCCGGACUGCCCGUCUGCCUGACACGGCCCCCCAAGUUGGUGCUCCACCCCCCGCCCGUCAGCAAAAGUGACAUCCAGUCCAUCCCUGGCAUCUCCCACACCUGCCGCAAGACCACCAAGAAGCAGGCCAAGAAGGGUAAAACCCCAGAGGAGGUACUGAAGAAAUACCUGCAGAAGGUGCGGCAUCCGCCAGAUGAGGAUUGCACCAUCUGCAUGGAGCGCCUCUCUGCACCCUCUGGCUACAAGGGACCCCAGCCAGCUGUCAAGCCCGACCUGGUGGGGAAGCUGGUGAAAUGCGGCCACGUCUUCCACCUCCACUGCCUGGUGGCCAUGUACAACAAUGGCAACAAGGAUGGGAGCCUGCAGUGUCCCACUUGCAAAACCAUCUAUGGGGUGAAGACCGGGACACAGCCCCCAGGGAAGAUGGAGUAUCACAUUAUCCCUCACGCACUGCCUGGCCACUCUGACUGUAAAACCAUCCGCAUCAUCUACAACAUCCCACCAGGGGUGCAGGGACCGGAGCAUCCAAACCCUGGGAAGAGCUUCACUGCCCGUGGCUUUCCUCGGCACUGCUACCUGCCAGACAGUGAGAAGGGCAGAAAGGUACUGAAAUUGCUGCUGGUAGCCUGGGACCGGCGCUUGAUCUUUGCCAUUGGGACCUCCAGCACCACCGGCGAGUCAGACACGGUGAUCUGGAAUGAGAUCCACCACAAGACAGAGUUUGGCUCCAACCUCACUGGCCACGGCUACCCUGACAUCAACUACCUGGACAACGUCCUGGCUGAGCUUGCAGCCCAGGGCAUCACGGAGGAGAGCCUGAUGCAGGAGAAGGACUGAUACUGCGGCAGAGAGGCAAGGGAAGGGGCACCUGUGUCUACUUCCCCCUGGGAUAAAGCUGCUGGAGAAACCUGCCUGGGGGCUUUGCAGGGGCCACCUGGAGCCCCCAGAUCCCAGUGGCACCUGCUCAGUGGGAGCAUCCUCAGGCUGGCCAGGAAUGCGGGAGAAGGUCCUUUUGGCCAUCCCCUUCACUCCUGCAGGUAGGGAACCUCCCCCUGUAGAGACACAGGGCUUCAUGCUGGCCUUACUGUCCCCUCUGGUUGAUGCAGUGUCCUAUUCCUGCUGCUGCCAUGACGAAGGCUUGGGGAGUGCCAGGCUCCCCUCCUUCCUUUUCCAUUGGAUGGUCCCAGCCUAGCCCCUGAUACCCACCUGGAGCUGGGAGGAGAGUCGGGGCUGUGGCAGUUCCUCUCACUGUCCCUCGUCCCUGAGCCGUCUGUUCAUUCAUUUGUCCUGUCUGGUACCUCUCCCCUGGCCUCCUGUGUCCACGGAGGCUAGGGGGCUCUGGUCUGCCCCAAUGGGCCCCCCAGCCUUCUGCCCCCUUGUCCCCUUGGCUGUGUCUGAACUGUGCCCUGCAGGGUCUCCUUGCCUGGGCAGCCCCUGUGCUGUGGAGGGGCUGGGGGUUGGGAAACAUGGCCUGGCCUGUCUUGCACACUUCCCCCCUGCCCCCCCUCUCCCCCUGUAGUGGGUUCCUUGAACCAUUUGUGUGGGGGCAUCCCCACGUUGAAUUUUUAUAUACCUCUUGUUCUCGGGUUUUGUCGUAUAUAUAUACAUAUAGGUGGUGGACCAGGGGCCAGGAGAACAUGAUGCUGGGGACUGAGGGUAGUGCUGUUUGGGGACAGGAUGGGAGCAGCGUUGCUCCCAUACUAUGAGGACCCCGUCCCAAAGGUGUCAGUGCCCCAUGAUGCGGCUGUGGUGUGUAGGUCUGGGUUUAAAUGUGGAGGGGUGUUCCCUGUCUGACUGCAACCCAGCAUUGUCCUCCGGGGCAGGUAGCUGGCCAGCCAUGGGUCAGUACGAUGUU